CUGGGUGCAAAGUGUCUCUACGGAGCUUUUGAUGAGUGUCUGGCAUAGUCGUCGUAAUCAGCAAAUGCUAUUGUAGUAUACGUGCAUCUCACUCAACCUGGAUGGUGACUAAAUUUUCGACUCCAUUUGUGUGCAAGUUUGAUUAACAAUUAGCCUGUCACAAACAUGGACGUCGGAGUGGUUUGUUGUGCACAUCAGUAACAGGAGUUUUGCCGAAAGUCCUCUGUUAACAAUGUCAGACCGACAUCAAGCGGCACGUCAGAUCCAUUAUUUUACAUGGAUGAAGUGGCUGUUCUUGCUGGCUGUAUUAAACGCUUUCAGGCUUUGAUGCACAGUUCACCUGCAGAUUUGUUUUGCUAUUGUCUGUGGAACAUGCCUACACCUUACCAGUUUCAGAAGAAAUGUAGAGGAAGAGAUGCUGCUGAUGUUGUUACAUCAUGUCCAGAAUACUUCAUAGCUGGGCAAGUCAACACUGUUACAUGUACAGUCAAUCAGACCAGUAUUUCACAAGUUAAUUGUGCAGGUACACUUUCAAAUGUUGGCUUGGAGAUUAUCUCAACUUCUGGGUCAGUGGAUAAAUGUUCUUCUGUUUACCCUGCUACAUCUUGUGUACCACAAACAACAGCAAGAACUUGCUUUUGUGCAAAUGAAAGUGAUGGUGUACUGACCUACCAGUGGAAUUUUGUGGCAGAUCAGACUCAUCAGGGUGGAAAUUUUUCAUGCAAAUUCUGUGACUUGUAUUUGGGACUACCAGCUCCACAGCGAGUAAACAGCCCUAACUGCUCAAAUAUCCAGUUUGAAUCACCCGACCGUUGGCUGUUAUUCCUCCUGCUGCUUAUACCAGUAGACAUAGGUGGCUCCUGGGUUAUAUAUCUAUAUUGCUGCCUUGGGAGGGCAACAGCUGACAAAGACUGGAAUGGAUACAAAACAUCAAACCUUCAUUUUAAAAAGGGUGAUAUUAUUUCACUUUUGGAAAAUGAAGGAUCAUUCUGGAAAGGAGAGAUUAACAAUCAGACUGGUGUUUUUCCAAAGGAUUUUGUUCACGUGAGAAAAAAUUCAGGAGAUGUGAGGACAGUGGAGGCAUUGCAUAAUUGGAAUAAAGAUAAUGAGCUGACUUUCAAGAGUGGCAGUACUAUAUUUGUCAGAAAGCAGUUGGAAACAGUAUGGCAAGGCAUACAGUGUUGCAAGACUGGUUGGUUUCCACACAGCGAUGUGACAUUGAAGAAAAAAGGAAUAUGCUGGAAACAAAGUGACAGUGAUAAUAUGACCAUGAACAGUGUUCACAACUCGCCCACAGCAUGAAAUGAAGCAACUGUGGCUAUACCAUGGUGAGUUAGACCAGCAAGGAGGUGCCUUAUACAGAGAGAAAUUAAAUGUGUUGGAAGCAAAAUCUGAAACCACAGCCCACAAUCCUCACUGCAUUGGUGACAAAUGCUUUACUGUUGCACAGCUGGAGAUAAAUUCAGUUUUGUUUACUUAAUCAUUUUUAUAGGUAGAUUUAAUGCAUGUGCACCUGUGUAUAAGUUUAAGUAAAAGGAGGGGGAGAUUAUAAAAUAAGGAUGGUUGUUGGUUUCUCUUGCCAGCAACAGAGUCUAUAGCCUAUUCAGCUGUAUUAUGAGGGGAUAGUUUGGAACACAAUUUGUAACCCUCUUUGUAGCUGAAUAGCUGGCUAUGAAUGAGAAGUCGAACUGCUUUAAGUGCACGCAUGGACUGUAGAAUUUUUUUUUUUAUGCUUGCAAGCCAAAGUGGGGUUAAAUGUAUUUUAUUUUUUAUGUUGCCUUCAUGAUUACAUACUUGGAUGUAUGUCUGUAUAUGCCUGCACACAAAUGAUUUAAGCGCAUCUCAAUGUUUUUUUUUUUUGCAACUGUGAUAAUUUUGUUUAGUGCAUCAUUAUAAAUUAAGAUAUAUUUAAAGGAUGACAUUUUAUGAAGAAGACUGAUAAAGUGAUUACUGACAAGAAGAAAGCUGUUAAUUUUUUCAUCAAAGCAUAGUCAGCAGCUUUUAAUACUAAAAACUAACAUGCAUGCAAAAUUGAUAUUUGAAUACGGAAAUUUAAUUUAUUAGAAUUACUGAUAAAAUAUGAAAGAAGUAUGUUCCAUUUAUUCAGUACAAGCCUCUGAACAUCCCAGACCUCAUCUUGAUGUUGAAAAGGGUGGUUCCUGACUGGGAAAUACUUCAUUAGCGUUAUGCUCAAUGCUCUGGCAUUUGUUCCAGCCACCAGGGACAUCAGUUAUUUGAAAUUAGAUCAAUCCAUCUGUGCUUUUCUUCAGAAAGUUUAUUACAAAUUCUUAGUAACAAACAUAAUGUUAUGUUGACUUACCAGAAGUAUGGGCUUAAAUCUUAAUAUUUUACUCAAAAUGUAUAGUUUAAAAAAAAAUGCUUACUCAGUGGAUGAGUAAAUCAACUCAAUCUCUGAAUGACUCAAGUUAAUCUGUAAGUAAAAUUACUUUUAAGUUCAUGAACAUUCUAAAAAUACUUGCAUAGGAGUUUUUGUAUGAGAGCCUUAUUGAAUUAUGUAAUGCAUAAUGUCAUUUCAUCACAAAAUUUAAAUACAAAAAUGUGUCUCUGAUUACAGGUAUUAUAUAGUCAUAUUACAGAUGAUUGUAUAAUUAACUUUUUGGAAGCCUUUUACAUGCAAGAAAUGAGCAUAAUUAAGACUCAAAAGUAAAGAUACAUAUCACUGGUCAUAAUUACCAAUGAUGCAAGAAUUUGCAAUACUGAAUAAUGAUGUAUUUCAGUUCUUUGUUGCUUAGUACAAUGUAUAAACAUCUUUUUGUAUUUUUAUUUUAUUAAAUUAUGCAUAACUUGACAAUGCACAGCUUGCAAGUUAUUGUGGAAGGACAGAAAAGAUGUUAAAAAAAUUUGAUAAGUAUUCUGAUCAAUAAUCACCAGUAUGUCACAAAUCACAUUUGUACCCGGUCCAAAGGCACAUUCACAUGUUCUGAUUUUUCAAGGGAUUUUCCCUAUUAUUUCUGUUUUAUAUUUAUGCAACAUUUACAUAUGUAUUGUUACGUUUAAUCUAUAACAGAAAUUGUGCCAUAUAAAUUAUAAUCACAUAUACAACUGUGUCAAAGAUUCUCCAUACACCUGCAAACAUUCCUGUGAAUGCAGACACAGCCAUGUGUGUACAAAGUUGCGUAUAGUGCCUGUUUAAUUUUUCUUCACUCAUAAAUAUUUCUGGAAAUAGUAUUGACAUGGCAUCAUUCUAUUAUUUACUGUAAUUUUAUGGUAUUAUUUUCUGUGUCAUUGUAGGAAUGUUUUCUGUUUUGUAUGAUCAUCUAGCAAAAUGCUAAACAUCUGUAAGAAAUUCCCCUGUUCAUUUAGUUUGUGGAUCAGCGAAAAUAUAAAAUGCUUUUUCUUCAGUUUUGCAGCAUACUUUAUACAUAAGGAUGUACACUGUUUCAUUUACUGGAUUUAAUUUUGUGUGUGUGUUCGGGGUGUGUGUAUGUGUUUGAGUGACAGAGAGGGUGGGAUGAUUGUAUGCAUGAAAGUGAUCAUAGGUCACACAUGACUGACCUAUAUGUAAUAAGUUCUUUAACAGCAAAGCUUUGUUUUCUAAUCAGUUAGCUGGUACAAAGAAAGGUUAAAGUUUAUUUCCAUUACGUAGUGGCUAUAGUCCAUUUAUUAAAAUUUGUCCGUUUUACAUACACUAUAUCCUUUUUAAACAUUUUUCAGAAAGUUUCCUGGGUGUCCCUUAAGAAUUUUCAUUUACACUCUAAAAAUUGCAUGAUGUAAAAAGUAGUGCCUUUUUAUAUUAUUUUCUCUUUCUUAAGCAAAUGUUGGGCAAUUCAUAUCUUUCCCAUUUUGUUUCUUUCGUGGGUUUUUAAGUGUGAUACUUUUCAAUUUGACUGUUGAAUAAUCUUAUGUAAUGGUAAUUGUGUGAUAAGUGUUUGGUAAUUUUUGAAGUAAUCAUCACAGUUUGUAUAUUAAGUUUCCCUCUUCUAUUGUAUUUUCUUUAUGGCACACUGUUUUAUUUUCAUUUAUCAAUAUAAUGUAUACUUACUGUUAUAUAUUAAUAUUUAAUUUUUGCAGAUUAAUACAAUUAAAAAUAAUUUUAUUUUACAUUCGUAUAUGCAGACUUCCCGAUACAAGAAUAGGGUUAGAGGUUUUUAUUCUAGAUGUAAUAUUUCUUAGAUGGCAAAUUCUGCUUUUAUUGUUAAAUACUAUUUUUUAUCAACUAAAAUUUUUCACACCUUUUAAUAUAUAAGUUAAUUCUUACAUUAAUCAGUUGUUCUUCUUGUUGUGGUUCUUAAUAUGGAGAGCAAAGCUGAGAUUUGCCUAGUGUCAAAAAAUGAAACAUUUGAAGGUACUAUUGUAUAAGAUUUGUAAUCAGUACCUCAACUUAAAAAAAGCAAGUGAUAACAGUUUUCGACAGUUACAGAAUAUAGGUUUCUGACAAGUAUGAAUUAAUAAAUAGUUAUUUUAAAUUUCAUGUACAGUUUAGUAUCGCUUGAUAGGUGCACAUAUACUUUGCAGUGAGCACUGUACCUUGUAUUCAUUCUGCUGUGCAUAAAUAAAUUACAUAAAUCGGA